UUUGCAACUGAGAAACGUCAUUAUUUGCAGAAGAAUGGCGCUAAAAGCAUUUUUGUUUUCUUCAGUUCCUAAUAUUCUCUGCGAACUGGGUUCAUCAUCUAAGGUUGGAGGUUUGAUGCAAAAGUUGGGAAGUAAACAUAUUCUGGUCGUAACAGAUCCAGGUCUUAGAAAGCUUGGUCUAGUGGAUCGUGUAGUGGAAGGAGUGGAAUCAGCUGGACUCAAAUGCUCUGUUUAUGACAAGGUACAAGAAGACCCCCCUGAGUAUAUUAUCAAAGAGAUUAUCCAGCAAGCAAAGGUGAGUGGAGUUGAUGGCAUGGUUGGUGUGGGUGGAGGGAGUAGUAUGGACGCUGCUAAACUAGCAUCAUUUAUGGCAGGAAAUACAAAGCAAUCGUUGAAUGAUAUCUACGGGGUAGAUAAAUGUAUUGGUCGUCGUCUACCUUUAAUUCAGGUGCCCACCACAGCUGGUACAGGGUCAGAAGUAACUAAUAUUAGUGUAAUUACAACAGUGAAACUCUUCUAUACAUGUUAUCAGAUUCACGUAAUAUCUCGAGUAUCAGAGAACUGCGUUGCUAAACUCUUCUAUACAUGA